AGUGUCUACACAGUAGUUUAUAACUCAGCAGUGAAAAGCACGCCCCAUUUUCUGAUUCUCUACUUCCAAACUCCUUCCUUCCCACCUCGUCCCUUCCGCCCAAAAAAACCCAGAACCCGAAACCCAGAACCCAAAACCCGAAACCCGAAAACCGAGAACAGUUGCAUCAAAUUUUUUUCACAGCACCUAAAAACAAUUCCGAGCUCCCAACCACUGAAGCGUUUUAUUCACUGCUAGACGACGUCGUCGGAGCACUAAGAGAAGGGAGGGGAGUUUUGGUAGAAUUUGGGGGAAGAGCAAGAGAUUUUGCUAAAAGUACCUGAAGAUGAGCCAAGCUGAUCAAGGGAACAACCCUGAUCCCUCGUCAAACAUCCAUGUGAAGCGCAAACGUGGCCGUCCACGGAAAUAUCCAAAACUAAAUCUGGAAGAGGAUACUCGUGUGCCAAAUGCUCAGAAUCUGAACUCACGUGUGAAUGCUGGCAUUGGUAUUCCUCCUGUUCCUCCUGGAUUUGAUGGGAGGAACGAAUACCAGUCCCAUCAUGCAGCUCCAAAUAAUAGUACAACUGAUGUCAUGGUGGGAACAGUAGUUUCUGGUGUCAUUGAUGGUGCUUUUGAUGGAGGAUAUUUACUUAGUGUUAGGGUUGGCAACUCUCACAACACUUUGAGGGGCGUUGUCUUCAAGCCUGGACGUUACACUUCUGUCUCAGCAGAGAAUGAUGUGGCCCCAGAUGUUCAAAUGAUCAGGCGAAAUGCAAUUCCCAUUCCAGCUGAGAUUUACUCUCAUGUCCACGGUCAGAAACCUCGUUCUAGAGAUGUCAUCCGCUCUGUUCAUCACGUGGCUUCAAAAGGCAAACAUUUGCCCCCUGUGGCAGCCCAAACUGUUAAUCCACUAUUGUCCAGAGGAAACUUGUUGCCUGUUAUACUGCAACCCCGUAAUUUAUCUAAUGGGGUACCAUUGACUGGUUCAUCAACUUCUGUUGCGCCAGUUGCUCCUCCGAAAAAUGGGUCGAUACCCACCAACCAGGUGCCACUCACCAGUGAGCCAACUUCUGUCGCACCCCAAGCUGCAGAUCUGGCAUCUUCAAGAGUUAAACAGGUUCCUUCAGUUCCUCCAUCAAAUGGGUCGAUACCCUCCAACCAGAUGCCAAUAGUUGGAAAUCAGUCUUUAGCAUUCGAAGGUGGACAAAAUGAUGAUGGUACUUGUAAUCAACCAUCAACAGACACGCUAAUUCAGGAAGAAGCCAAAUCAAUGAGACUCCCAGAUAUACCUUUUGAAAAAUUGGUUACUGAGGUAGUUAAAAGGAUUGAUAAUCCCUCACAAGCCACCUUACAAUCAACUGAGAUUCACGUUGAGGGUAGCAAGUCAACUGGCAGUGAGAUGGAGAACGAUAUGGAUCAACCCCUAGUAAUUGAGCCUCUGCAAGCCAUACAGCCGAAAGACCACUCUACACCAGUUUCAAAACCACCGGAGGACAGUAGAAAUGGCAAAAUGUCUGAGCUGUUGCAGGUUUUGCAGGAAAGCAUGAGGGAGAGGGAGGAGCCACAGGCUGAAGUGUCAACCACAGGUCCCAGACAGAAGUUGGAUGAACCAAGUUAACCCGUGCUCGGAAAUAAAAUCUGAUCGUUCAUGAAAACCUUCCGAGGCUUCAAGUGUCUGAUUUUAUGAUUGCCACCUUGAAUGGGUACUGUGUGCAUGCUUUGCUGAUGGACAUAGAGGCUUUGCAUGGUGGGGUAAUCAGACCUUUGUGUAGAAGGGUUGUUUUGUUAAAGUAGGAACUGAGGAAGACCUGUUUGACUUUUGUUUAUAGCUUAUUUGACUGUGAUAACUUGUUAGAAAAUGUCUCUGCUUUUAUGUGUUCGAAGUACUGUCAUGUAAAAUAUAAUUAUUAACAUCAUAUUUUCGUUUUGGUGAAUAAAGGAGUUUACUAACCCAAAAAA